AACCGAAGUGGUUUAGUCUGACACACAACGCGGCUUAGUUUGAAUCGUUCCGUCCAUUGUGACCAACGUCGCUUCUUGCGGCAGAGCAGACACAACAAAACCCCAAGGCAGAGUUUAGGGAUAGGAUAGGAGAUACAGCAGGCUUUCCACAGUUGGCUUGCAUUCACAUAUGAUAUGCACAUAUCGUUCCUGGCGUGCCAAUAGACAUCCGAUGAACGACACGAGCCACUGCCAGUCCACGUCCAGCCGGGGACCAAUCUACACGGAACUUCUGGAUCGCAGCAAGGAAACCAUUUAGCGUCGGUCACCCAGCCAAGCCUGUAAUAUAGUCGGGAACGUUGGAGUUCAGUGUUCAUGUGAGACAUUCGGCUGUGAACUCUCGGAAAGGCACAACAACAAAACUACGAGAAGCCGGCUCCGAACCGCUGAAACAGAACAGUUGAUGCCCUGCCGGGACAAUCGUUCGUAAUUAUCCCGACCAAUCGGGUCCAACGACAACAACCCACAUCCGGGCGGCGUCCAAAGGCCGACGAAAAAUGACAGUGAUCUUUCCACUGGCCAGAGCCGGUUAUUGCCAAUCUACGUGGUGCAACCUCCCAGAAAGUGUAGUUUUCCUCUAGGGGCGUGUAACACCUCGAAAACCAAAAAUUAAAAGUUCCCCAAACUGUGAUAUUUUGUACGUAUAGCACCGAUUGUGACAAAAUUGAAAAUAUUUCCAUUGUUCAACACAUUCUACCCCGUAAGUGUAAAACCCAGAGAUCGCGCAGUGCAGUGAAGUGUGUGCAAUAUUCCAAACCCAUUGUAGAUGCUGAUUGUUGGUGCUAAGAAAAAUAUUUGAAAAAAAAAGACCUAAGCUAACACAAGGGGAAAGUGCAUAUCCGAGUGGUGUUGUUUUGUGCUCUGGUAGUAACAUUUUAUCCGCGAGAAGAAAAACGUGUCAACGGCAGUCUGACUGAAUGCAGAAUUAUUGCUGUAGAUCGUUCUGACGAGCUCUGAGCCUUAGAACAACACGGGCAGCCAGCGAGGCGGUGGUGUAAAUAAAGUAGCAGAAGUAGGAGAAAAAAAACAGCGAUAAAAUGACGGGAAUGGAAAACUCAGCCCUCGUCGACAAGGGCCCGGUGCCCAAGAUAGUGACCACCAACGAGAAAGGAGUCACGCUACCGAAUCUCGAAGGACAACCGGACAAACGCGAGCGCGGCAAAGCCAUGCGCCAAGUAAUAGCUGCCUUCAUUGCCAACAUCGGCACCAUCAACACGGGGCUGAUUUUCGGCUUCUCGGCCGUCGUCAUUCCCCAGUUACACGCCCAGGACUCGUUGAUUCCAGUGGACGAAAGCCAAGCAUCAUGGGUCGCAUCACUUUCCGCCAUCGGAACCCCCAUCGGGUGCCUUCUCAGUGGCUACGUGAUGGACAACUUCGGACGCAAGAAGGCCCUGCUGAUAACGGAAAUUCCCAUGAUCAUCGGCUGGAUCGUGAUAGCCUGCGCCACCAACGUAGAGAUGAUCUACGCGGGCCGAGUGCUGACUGGUUUCGGCUCCGGAAUGAUUGGUGCCCCGGCCCGUGUCUACACAUCGGAAGUAACCCAACCGCAUCUACGGGGUAUGCUUUGCGCUCUGGCUUCAACGGGUAUCAGUUUAGGAGUGCUUUUCCAAUACACGCUAGGAGCUGUGACGACGUGGAAAACGCUGUCGGCAAUCUCCGCUUGCCUUCCGGUGUUGGCCUUUGCGUUGAUGCUACUCAUGCCAGAGACUCCCAAUUAUCUGGUUUCCAAGAACAAGCCGGAUCAAGCGCUGAAGAGUUUGGCCAAACUGCGAGGAUCUACGUACAACUUGGAGAAGGAAGUUAACCAAUUGCAAUCGUUUGCUCAGAAGAGUAACCAGAAGAAGAAACUGACGACAAAGGAGACAAUCCAAGCUUUGCUGCAUCCGUCCUGCUUGAAGCCUUUCGGAAUUUUGACUCUCUACUUCAUGAUGUACCAGUUCAGCGGUGUAAACACCAUCACUUUCUACGCUGUGGAGAUUUUCCAAGAUUCCGGUACCACAAUGGACAAGUACACCUGCACAAUUAUGCUGGGAGUAGUUCGGUUCAUCUUCACGAUCUUAGCCGCCAUAUUGCUCCGAAGGUGUGGUCGUCGCCCUUUGACGUUCAUUUCCGGUAUUGGAUGCGGUGUCACAAUGAUUGGCCUGGGGACAUAUCUGUACUACAAGAGAACAUGGGAAAUGGCAGUUCCUCCGAUUGCCCCUACGGCCACGUGGUUCCCAGUGGCGUGCAUAUUCGUGUUCACAAUCACCUGCACGCUCGGCUUCCUGGUGGUGCCCUGGGUUAUGAUCGGUGAACUGUACCCGAUGAAGGUCCGGGGAAUUGUCGGAGGAUUCACGACCUGCAUGGCUCACACGUUUGUCUUCAUCGUGGUCAAGACUUAUCCAUUCCUGGCACAUCUGCUGGAGAGGCAUGGUGCUUUCAUCCUCUAUGGGUGCAUCUCAUUUUUGGGAACCGUCUUCUUCUAUCUCUGCCUGCCGGAAACAAAGGGCAAAACACUGCAGGAGAUCGAAGACUACUUCUCGGGCCGCAUCAAGUCGCUGAAGAAGUCCAAGCAACAAGAAGCUGAGGGGCAACAGCUUAAUAACAACUCCAAACCCCAGCUGCUGACGGUGGAAAAGAACAAGUUGCUUCCGUAGGCGAUCGGUUUGGCUGGUUCCACUGCCGUCUUCCUACGACUCCUUCAGCCAGUGUGCCAUACGAGGAAACGAGAAGUAUUUUUAAUUGUUUGAUAUGGAAAAGGAAAGUGAUAUUCUCUCCCCCCUUGUUUAAUUUGUCUCCGCGCUACGAUUCGCCGAAAAUAUCGGCUAGAAAAGUAUCUUUUUUGUUAAGGAGAGCGCCACUACUUCUUAUAUUUCGUUAGUUUACCCUUGUUGGUCUAUAUUAGAUUCUACAUGUAUGUUUACAUUUCUCAGUUCUUAUAGUAUUAUCUAUGCACUUGACUCUUUGAAAGACUAUAGUAGCAAAUUUUAUUUCCUUCUUUUAUCUGUUUAUUGUUUAAUUCUUGACAAAAGUUGUAUUGAAAAUCACAUUUGUAAUCGACAAAAAAAUAUUUACAAUUGGCGAACAAGCUAUACAGACGAUGCACAUGUUUUAUUUCAAGACCAUUCGUACCCUUCACCUUCCCGGACAUCCCCCUGAGAAUGCUCAAUUCGAUCCGGAAUCGAGUUUGCAUGCAAAUCGAAAAAGUGAGAUACAGUGCGACGAUAUGAUCUGAUUUAAUCGAGAUAUGGUCAAAAAACAAACAACUGUUAGGAUAAGAAACUCAGGAAACCAACAGACCAUAAAGUGCUUUAAAGACAGCGUGGUAAUGCCCGAUUGAGCGAGCACGAACCGGAAUGUGAAAAUUUGAUGCGAUUUCUAGGUUAGUCGCUAAUCGCGGUCCUAUACUGUCAAUGUGAUAGCGGAUUCAAACUUACAGCGAAAAAGUAAAAUUGUUCUAGAGUGCAACUUACUCGGUCCAGUAAAGAAAUGUUAUACUAAUUAGCUAGGGUAGUACUUAAUUAAAUAUUUUGCGCCAUACACACCACCCGUAACGUAAAUCUAGAGACCGAUAUAGCUAGUUGUGGCAGGUUAAUUAAAGUCUGGGCGAAUGCGCUAAAAGUUCCAUGCGAUAAAGUUACACACCUUCUCGGUAGGGUUUCGAGUACCGAGGCAGUAAGAUUAAAGUUAUAAUAAACCGAUUGAGAUACAUUCUUUUUUAAGAAAACCAUGAAAA